UUCAGUAUGACACUUCUGAGGGUCAUCGAUAAAUACGCGUUGUUGAAAUUAUUGUUCUGAUUUACGAAUGCAUUUACGAAUUGUGUGUUCAAACAGUUUGCGGUGAAGAAAGCUUAUGCUUUAGUUGGUAUUAACACUUGGAUGGUGAAACGAAAUACGCACGGAAACCAAUAUAAUCAGAGUAGAACAAAGAAGAUAAGGACGAGGACUCUUACUCCACUCCAUAGAAUACCUACGAAUUAUUAACGAUAGCGAUUAUUGCUUUUGAUAAUGACGUUGACGAUCAUGUUGAUGCUGCAAUAGUUGGGAAUGCAAUAUUUGGAGCUAAGGAUCAGUUGGACCAAUUGAACACAAUGCGCGAGGCACUCUUUUCCCAGGAUGGCUGGGGUUGCCAACAUGUCAACCAGGAUACAAACUGGGAGGUACCAAGUUCUCCGGAGCCAACCAACAAGGAUGCAUCUGCACCUCCCAUGUGGAAGCCGAGCGUCAACAACGGUACAGAUCUUUGGGAAUCGAACUUGAGAAACGGCGGGCAGCCGCCAGCUCAACAAAUUCCGAAGCCCUCUUGGGGUCACACGCCAUCAUCCAAUCUGGGCGGUACGUGGGGAGAAGACGAUGACGGGGCGGAUACUGGUAGUGUCUGGACAGGAGGAUCCGUUAACAACACGGGAACUGGUGCAGCCGUUAGUGUCAAUCCAAGUGGAGUCAAUGUAGGCCCCACUGUUGUUCCCACUGCUGGUCCUCAGUGGGGCCAGGGUGUUGUUGGAGUUGGCGUUGGACUAGGAUCAACUGGUAAUAAUAGUGGUUCUGGAACUAGUGGAACCUUGCCUGUGGUAACACCAGGAUGUGGAAGCGGUUCAAGUAACAUAAGUGGAGCUAGUGGAAUUGGAGCUGGAGGUGGAAACAAUGCCGGCAAUACUGGCAACGGGUGGGGUGAUCCUCGCGAAAUACGCCCGUUAGCCGGUGUGGGCGGAGGACCUAUGGACAUUCGAAAUGUCGAUCAUCGCGAAACGUUACGCGGUGGCGGGAGUGCUGGAACUUCGUCCGGGGAUCCUCGAGACAUUCGCAUGAUUGAUCCGCGCGAUCCCAUUCGUGGGGAUCCUCGUGGAAUAUCUGGCAGGCUCAAUGGAACUUCAGAAAUGUGGGGUCACCAUCCACAAAUGUCCCACAACCAAUUACAGAACAUGAGCAAAAUGGUUGGGCAAGUUUCCGGCUCGAAUGUUGGAGCGACAUCCGGUCCUGGAAUUGGUCCGGGCUCUGGUGGCGUUUCUGGUGCCGUAUCAACAAAUAUUGCAAACCAAUGGGGACCUACCCAAACGGUGGGAGUGGGCGGGAGCGUUACAAAGGACAAGAUAAGUGGCUGGGAGGAGCCAUCGCCACCUCCACAGCGCCGCAAUAUUCCAAACUACGAUGACGGGACAUCGCUAUGGGGGCAACAAACCCGAGUUACUGGCGGCGGCGGCGGUCAUUGGAAAGACAUGACCGACUCUAUUGGACGCAAUCAUCUGAUUCGUGGACAAAAUCAAACUGUUGGUAUCGGUAUUGCAGGCGUUGGUGUUGGCAACAGCAAUGUUCCAGUUGGUGGCAAUCCCAACAAUCCCAUGACCAGUGUAGUGGGACCCCAGGCGCGUCUCUCAUCCGUGAGUGGUGUGCAGCACAAACCAGAUGGAGGCACAAUGUGGGUGCAUACGAACAACGUCAGCGGAAGAAACACAGCGGCAGGUGUUAAUGCUUGGGGGGACGACAGUCAUAACGUUGGUAUAGGUGGUCCCAGCGGUGGGUCUGUAUCUGGCAGUAACUGGGUGGACGACAAAUCAAGCGCAGGACUAGCACAAAAUUCUUGGAGCGACACGUCGUCUGUCGGAGUUGGCUGGGGCAACAAGCAGAGUAAACUGCCAUCAACAAGUGGCUCAUCAGGUUGGAGCACGUCGUCGAGUAUUGGUGUUGGUGUUGUCGACGGUAGUGACCUCGGAUCCGACUGGAGCGCCCAUGGUGGCAUUGUCAAAUCACAGCAACAGCAAAAGAUGGCUGGCUUGAAUGUGGGAAUGGUAAAUGUUCUUAACACGGAGAUGAUAAAGCAAAGCAAGCAGUAUCGCAUUCUGGUAGAAAAUGGAUUUAAGAAGGAAGAUGUGGAACGGGCGCUAGUUAAUUCCAAUAUGAACAUUGAGGAAGCGGCUGACAUGCUCCGGGCCAAUUCGUCUUUGGCCAUGGAUGGCUGGCGUCGGCACGAGGAGAGUCUCGGCUCCUACUCCGAUCACUCUAGUUCAACGAGCAGUGGGGGCUUCGCUGGACGCUACCCAGUGGGCGCUGCGCAACCUUCGAUGUCAUUCCCUCCUAAUAAUCUUAUGAACAAUAUGGGCGCUGCUGCGGUGACAGGAAGUGGAAGCAACAAUUCCAACAUGGCCGCCAUGCAAGUGCAAAAGUAUUUGAGUCAAGGCCCACACGGCGUUGCCGUUGGGCCUCAGUCCGUGGGCAAUGCAUCCGCUGUGUCAGUGGGAUUCGGACAGGGUUCAUCAAACGCAGCAGUGGCUGCUGCAGCCACCGUAAAUAUUGCAGCUAACACAAAUAAUCAACCGUCUGGUCAGCAAAUACGCAUGCUGGGCCAGCAGAUUCAAUUGGCCAUCCACAGUGGUUUCAUAUCCAGUCAAAUAUUGACUCAACCGCUCACACAAACUACCUUAAAUCUGUUGAAUCAACUCCUUAGCAAUAUAAAGCAUCUCCAGGCAGCCCAGCAAUCUCUGGCUAGAGGCGGCAAUGCCAAUCCAAUGGCAGUGAAUGUUGCCAUCGCUAAAUACAAGCAACAAAUUCAGAAUCUACAAAACCAAAUAAAUGCACAACAGGCCGUUUACAUAAAACAGCAAAAUCUACAACCGAAUUCACAGCAGCAACAACAGCAACAACAACAACAACCACAACAACAUCAAUCAGCACACCUAAACAACUCUGGAAAUGACUAUAUGAGAGGUCACGAUGCAAUAAAUAACUUGCAAGGAAACUUUUCUGAGCUCAAUCUUAACAAGCCAAGCGGAUACCAAGGGGCAUCCAAUCAGCAGUCCCGUUUAAAUCAGUGGAAGCUUCCAGUAUUAGAAAAGGAUGAUGGCACGGACUUUUCGCGUGCUCCAGGUGCGACUAAGCAAAAUGUAUCAAGCAACUCAAACAAUAUGGGCUCCUUGGGUCUUCAAAAUGAUGGUACAUGGUCAACUGGACGCAAUAUUGCUGACGGUUGGCCGGAUCCCUCAUCUGAUAACGAGAACAAAGACUGGUCAGUUGCACAACCAACUACAGCAGCAACCGCUUACACCGACCUGGUGCAAGAGUUCGAGCCAGGCAAGCCGUGGAAGGGUUCUCAGAUCAAAACCAUAGAAGAUGAUCCCAGCAUAACUCCCGGCAGCGUUGCUAGAUCUCCAUUGUCCAUUAAUCCGACGCCAAAAGAUGCUGAUAUUUUUGCCAAUACUGGCAAAAACUCGCCGACUGAUCUGCCCCCUUUAAGUUUGUCAUCUUCAACGUGGAGUUUUAAUCCUAAUCAAAACUUUCCAAGUUGGUCGGACAACAGUCAGCAGUGCGCAUCCACCUCUGAGCUGUGGACUAGCCCCAUGAACAAAGCAUCGUCUCGGGGACCCCCGCCUGGAUUGACUACUCAUGUCAAUAAAUCUGGCAACGGAGUGAGUGGCUCCACUUCUACAUCAUCUACGAUCGCUGGUGGUGCCAAUGGCUGGAUGCAGACCCGAAGUGGUGUCCCAACAACAAAUACAACUUGGACUGGAGGCAAUACUUCGUGGAGUUCGAGUUGGCUGCUUCUGAAAAAUCUUACAGCUCAGAUCGAUGGUCCUACCUUACGUACCCUGUGCAUGCAGCAUGGCCCUCUUGUCAGCUUUCACUUAUACUUAAACCAAGGAAUUGCCUUAUGUAAAUACACGACGCGAGAGGAGGCAAGCAAGGCGCAAAUGGCUUUAAAUAACUGUGUUCUUGGAAACACAACCAUUUUUGCUGAAUCUCCGAGUGAGAACGAGGUACAGAAUAUCUUACAACAUUUGCCGCAAGUCACAUCAUCAACCAUCUCUGCUAUUGGAAGUAGCGCUGGCAGUAGCGUUGCAGCAACUGCUGCUGGGGGUAGCAGCUCGGUGUCUAGCCUAUCCGGGAACAGUAGCAACGGAAAUGGCAACGGAAACGGCGGCGGCGGUCCCAGCGGCAAUAGCAGCGUCAGUGGCAGCAAUCCAAGCACAAGUGUGGCAAAUUCGAAUCUACUUAGUACAAGCGGUGGGUCGGUUUCCAGUUCCGGUGGUGCUGGCGGCUCUGCAACGGGUCCGGUCGGCAGUACUACGGUGAACAGCACUUCCUUGAAUGGCUCUGCAGGUCCCGGAAACAGUGCCAACCCAAAGAGUACCACAAAUAAUAUAACAAUGAGUGGUGGUCAGUCCGGCGCAUCUGGCUUAACGAAUAGCAACAGUUCCACGUGGCGUCAGACAACUCAAAACCAACCGUUAUCCGGGCAAAGCAGGCCGACAGGCAGAGAAGCUGACUAUGAUUAUAUAUCUCAAUUUGUUUGUUCCAUUGUUGAUGAUUAAAAAUCGAUGACUAUCGGUCAUUAAGCAUCGACUAUCGCAUUCUGUGACUCAAGACACACACCCAAAAGCUUCAAAUGAUUCGAUACUAAGUAUGUAUGGAAAGCAAGACCAUGUUGUGAAGUAUAUAAAAAAUGGAUCGACUGAUAGACGAAUGGACUUAGAAUUUUGUAUGCCCGUAGAUUUAUUUUUCUUCAUCGUUCAUAGAGUUAAACUUCUACAUGUAAGUUACACUUUAAUUAAGGAAAUCCCGAAAAACAUGCUGUAAAAAAACUUAAGUGAAAUACUUGAAUCGUUUGACUAACAAACAUGAGCAUACCUUCCUAUUUGAGUGCAAGUAUUUAGACUCUUUAGCGCCCUUUGCUUACCGCGGGAAAUUAAUUGGGAAAUUCUCAACAAUAUUUAUACAUUAAAAUGCGUAUAUGCGUUAAUAUAUAUGUAUAUGUAUAUAUAUUGUAUAGUAUAUGUAUAUGUAUACAAAGGAAUUUUCUCAAGUCUACAUUCUGAUAGAUUUGAGAUAUACAUAUGUUUAUGUAUACGUAUAUAUAUUAAAUAUAUUGUGUAAACUUGUGUUAAGUCUAUGUUCCCUUGUCCUUGUCCACAUCGAUAAUCCAGAGACCAUUCAUGAGUUUUUUGUAUUUCAAUAACGAAAAGAAAAAAAUACCUGUGUUAUAUACAUUAUAGGAAGUUAUAAUCUUAUUACGGUUUUGCUUUCAUUAAAGCAUUCCCACCGAAAUAAUUCGGUUAUACAUUAUUAGAUCACAAUAAAAAUAUCAAUGAAGUUA